AACAAUGUUUUACUCUAGGUGUUUUAAUCUGGUGUCUGUGGCAGGCAGGGAACUGUUACCUUGUGAUUAGCGCAGGCUAGUUAGCCAGGAAUGCUAAGUAAGCAGCAGUGCUAAUGCUAGCUGACCAGGCUGUGAACCUGUUAAAUUAUGGUCGACGAGUGGCCAGCGACUUGUAACUUAUUGCGGUGUAACCAUGUCAAUGUUGAGUUUGUGCCGAAAUUUUACGCCUUUCGUGACUCACAGAACUGCUGGUGUAAGGACGAAUUCGGGCAGACUUUAGAUGUUAGUGAUUUGCUGGCUCCGGCGUUUGGGACAUACGGAGCACCGAACGGUUCCCGUUAGCUGUUGUACCAAUCACCGGACCUUUACCCGACUGUCGCUUAAUGUGUAACACUAUCUCAAUGUCGUGCCAGACCAAAGAGAUUUAGCAGCCAUCUAUAUUGGAACAACUGGCAAGUAGUGAUAAGAAGUAGGGAGCGUAUGUCUAACAACGCUAACUUUGUGACUUUUCUAAGUUGGCAGAUCUGCGGUGCUAACGAUACGAAGCUUAAGAGGGUGCAACGGCUCUUGCUACGCCUGACUUCAGUCUUCAGUGAGAUCUCUUAGAGUGACCUGGUCCUCGGACCUGUUAACUCUGCGGACAUGCAGCCCCCUCCCCGGACUGGACGACCAGGAGCCUCUGGCCCUCCUCCUUCUGGGCCCAAUAUGUUCCGCAGGACCAGGCCUUACAAGCAUGCUGCUGCAGCUCCUGCCACAAUGCCUCCUGUUGCUCAACCCAUGACAGACCCUUUUGCUUUUAGUAGAGCUCCUCCCCCUAUGGCUGCAGGUGGCCUCCCAACAGUAUCUAACAGCAGCCCUGCACCAGUGCAAACACCAUCUAAUGCCAUGUACCCUCAACCUGGCUCAGGGCUGCCUCCGCAACCACAGACACUGGAGGGUGCCACAGCUGCUGCUUCUGGAAUGACCCUCUUCAACCCUCACAGUACACCACCCCUUGGUCCAACUGGAUACGUAUCUUCACAUAAUGAACAGGGAUAUUUUAAUUCAAGAGAACAGAUACCAUCUGCAUCCACAGAGUCAGCACCUAUGGCUACAGCCUCAGAACCUAGUCAGACACCUUUGAACCCUGAAUUUCAAGGACAGUCUGGUCCUCUGCCAGUGCCCUUCCAGCCACUGCCACCGGUCACCACCUCCUCUUCCCAGUGGGCCCCUGAUCACGGAAGUCGCCCCCCAUCAGUUCAGAACUAUUUCCAGCCUACUAGUGACCCUGUACCACAGCCAUUUAAUAUGCCUCCACAAACCCAGAUGUACCCCUCCCACAGCCCAUCACCCCUUCACAACACCCCUACCCCUCUGACCCAACCUGCACAUCUUCAGAAUCAGGCUUCUCUUCCUUCUCAAAAUCCACUAAAACCUCCUACUUCUCAGUGGCCAGACCCAAAUGGUCCCCAACAGCAUAAUUCCCAUUUCCAAACACAGAGUUACUUCAGUCAGAGCUCUGCUGCACCAGAUCUUUGGUUUAACCCGCCCCCACAGGACUCGGGCUACCAUCAAAUGGGUACUGGUAUGGGUCAUCCUCAGCCCCUUCUUGAUGCUGCUGGAUCUCAGCCUGCAACCAGUACUGCGCCUGGGCCUAGUUCUAGUACUGUCCCAGCCCCACUUCCACAUUACCAGGAAUCCGGUACACUUUCAAUGUUCUUCAAAGACAAUGAUGUGGAAAAUGAGGAAACGCUGUCUGCAGAGAGAAAUAAGGCAGUAAAUGGUAUUGCUGGAACUUUUCAACUUCACAACAACCAGCAGGCACACAGUAGUCAUGCAGAUGUUUCUUCAGAUUACCAAGGAGCUUUUCUUCAAGAUCACUCACAAGUACCUUACAUGAUCGAUGGCAAUCAACCAUCACAGGGAAAUGCUCAGAAGCCAUCUGAUUCACAGUUUGACCAUGUAGAGAAUUUGGAGUGUGUUCCAAACCAAGAAGUAUUACCCAGUGAAAUCCAUAGUAAUACUGCUGCUACUGCACCCCACAGUGCUGAGCAGUUUGAAACUGGACCCAACCUGGAGACUCCAGAUUCAAUUCCCAGACCAAUGAGAUCUGCCAGUGUGUCGUCCAACUACAGCAACAUGAGCCAUGGGAGUGGAACAGGCACUCGUCGACAUCAGGGGGUGGUGGGCACCUUUAUUCAACAGGAAAGCUCACGACUCUCUGAUGAUCCUAAUCAGCCUGUCGCUGCUGCUGCAGCUGGAGGCUACUUUGAACAGAUUGACACUUCUCCAGCUGGAGAUGUGGGUGUACAGCAGAGCUCUCUGGAGCAAAUGUGGCCCCCCACGCCUAGCCCUCCCAAACCAACCGGUAUCUUUCAGGCCAGUGCUAACAGCUCUUUCGAACCUGUGCGCUCACAUGGGGUCGGGGUGCGUCCUGCUGAGAUUGACAGGGCUAAAAUGGUAGCAGAAGGGGGUGCAGAUUGUACACCAGGUAAUAUGGAGCAGCCACCAGACAAUAUGGAAAAUGUUUAUGGCUCAGGUCACCCUCUGCCUGCAGGUGCUGGAGGUGCCGUACCUCCUUUGACACACCCAGUGGUCUAUUCUCACUCUCGACCUUCAUCCCGUGCUCAUGGAGUUAAUCAGCCCUGUGAGAGUCCUGCCACUACUCUGUGGGCUCAGAAUGAUCCUACGACCUUGGGCGGUAACAUCCUCCUCGCCCCUGCUGCCCCAAUAGUUCUUGCCCCAUUACGAGAGCCAAGUGCUGAUGUUAUCCAACCUCCAGAGGAUGGUCCACUGGACCUGCAGCCCUCCCAAAGAACCCAGCCACCUUCGCAUCAGCACUCAGAGAAUCUAGAGAACCCGCCAAAGGUGAGUGAGGCAGAGCCAAGUGACUCUCAAGGCAACCUGGGCUAUGCAUCUCUCCUUGUGUCUGGCUCGCUUCACCAACCUGUUUUCAUUGCCCCGCCAGUGUCCAAUUACAGUGUGAUUCCCCCUAGUACCACUCCUCAAGCAGCCACUCAAAGUAGCCUUAGGGAAACUACCCCACCUGUGAGAUUGAUUGCACAGGGGCAGGGUCCCACUACCUCCCAACCAGCUUCAGUAACAUGUAAUCAAAAUCCACUUUUUUCUCCUGGAAUCCUGAGCUUCAGUGUUUCGGCUUCUAAUCAGAGUCCACUCAAUCUGACUCGAGACAACACAGCAGCUACGACAUCAGAAAUCACAGCAUCGCCACAUCCCCAGCCUGUCCGCCCUCCUCUUUCAAGGGGUCAAUCAGUGGCUGGAGAGAGUAACUCUGCUCUCCAAGUUAAUCUGCAAACUUCUCUUGUGAAUGAUCCUUCCUCUAAUCAUAAUCAGCCAUCAAAUUAUGAACUGCUUGAUUUUUCUAUGCACCAAUCACAAGCCCAGAGCCAGGCUUCUGGACACCCUUCCUCUCUUCACGAGUCUCCACAAUCUAGUAAUGGAUUUUACCUACAGGUCACCAAAGAUGCUCUAAAAGUGGAAGGGAAUGCCUCUGUCCAGACUCCAACUUCUUCAUCUACCACACAGGUACCACCAGCACCCUCUCAAACAGCUCCAAACACCCAGCAGCCCCCAGCAGAACCUCCUAAGGUAUUAGAUUCUCAGGCUGCACAGCACGGACAAAAAGAUGCUCCUCCUGUUACAGCGAGUGGAGCACAACCCCCCAGUUACCAGUAUCCUGCUCCAAUACAGGGGCCAUCUGCAGGAAAUGCUCCUCCUCCUGGGCCUCAAGGUCCUCCAGGGGCUCCACAGACAACUCCUGCGGAGCCACCUCGCCCACCAUCCUCUGCAGGAAGCCAUCAAGGCUAUGGGCCUCCACCAGCACCGGGUCAGAUGUAUAGUGGCUAUUAUAAUAAUUAUGGAGACUACCCAGAUAGCAGAGCACCAUAUCCUUCUGGCCAAUACCCACCUCCAUCUGGGGAUCCUAGAGCACAGCCAUAUUAUCAAGCAGGACCAUACAGGAACAGAGUAGAUCCUUGGUAUGGCAGAUAUGAGGGGCAGACCCAAAGUUAUCGUGAUACAAACUACCAGUACAGAGAGCCUCAGCCGGAGCGUCCUAACUCUAGAGCCAGCCAGUACUCUGACAGGCCAUCAUCCAGGCAAGGCUAUCACGAGGAUUACCACAGAGCAAACCAAAGUGCCUAUAGUGAUUAUUAUGCAAAUUAUGCCAAGUACUUUGGAGGAUACUAUGGACACUAUGACCCCAGAUAUAGAGGAUACUAUGACCAGUCCUACUGGGCUUAUGAUGAUAGCAGAAGGGGAGACAGCUACAGCAAUCAAUCUAUGUAUCCUACCAGGAAGGCUGGCUAUGAGGACCAGUGGCAGUACUAUCCUGGUUACGAUGCUAGCUUUGAUGAGGACUACCGUCGUCAGGGAGAUGCUUAUGGUGAUGACUUUGACCGGCGCAGUGUCCACAGUGAACAGUCAGUCCACAGCUCCCACAGUCACCACAGCAGACGGAGUAGCUUCAGCUCACGAUCGCAACAGAGCCAAGUGUACAGGAGCCAGCCUGACUUGGUGUCAGCAGCAUAUGAUAACACAUCAUCCACUCUGGCUGUGGAUUACUCCUAUGGGCAGUACCCAGAUCAGACUGAUGCAUCUCACAACUAUAGCCAGUACUAUCCCUCUGGGUAUACCACCGAAAGCACCUGGAUUGCCCCUGAGCAGCCCCCUCCUCGUCCUGCAACCCCAGAAAAGUUCACCAUACCACACCGCUGUGCUCGUUUUGGACCUGGUGGACAUCUUGUUCAGGUUCUGCCAAAUCUGCCCUCAGCAGGACAGCCUGCUCUAGUUGAUAUCCACAACCUUGAGACCAUGCUGCAGGAUACCACUGAUCAGGCAGAACUGCGAGGUUUCCCUGGACCUCUUGUCAAGGAAGAGACUCACAAGGUGGACGUGAUUAAAUUCUCCCAGAACAAAGCAUUGGAGUGUUCCCGUGAUAACAACCUCUUAGACAGAGACUCUGCCCGCCUCCUCUGGGACUUCAUCAUGCUGCUAUGUAGACAGAAUGGGACUGUUGUGGGCACAGAUAUUGCUGACCUCUUGCUGAAGGAGCAUCGCUCUGUCUGGCUUCCCGGCAAGAGUCCUAAUGAAGCCAACUUGAUUGAUUUUAAUAACGAGCCACUGGCGAGAGCCGAGGAAGAGCCUGGAGCCGGACCACUGUCUCUACUGUCGGACACUUUCAUGACUGUCCCAGAAAAUUUUGGCAAAGAAACAGAACGCUUCAGGGAGCUGCUGCUGUUUGGCCGAAAGAAGGAUGCACUAGAAGCAGCCAUGAAGGGAGGUCUCUGGGGCCAUGCCCUGCUAUUGGCCAGUAAGAUGGACAACAGGACUCAUGCCCGAGUCAUGACGAGGUUUGCUAACAGUUUGCCCAUAAAUGACCCUCUUCAGACAGUAUACCAGCUGAUGUCGGGGAGAAUGCCUGCGUCAGCCACCUGCUGCGGGGAGGAGAAGUGGGGAGACUGGCGUCCUCAUUUGGCCAUGGUGCUGUCAAACCUCACACACACCCUGGAUUUGGAUACUCGCACAAUUACCACCAUGGGCGACACACUUGCUUCGAAGGGCCUGGUUGAUGCAGCACACUUCUGUUAUUUGAUGGCUCAAGUUGGUCUUGGUGUUUUCACAAAGAAGAGCACAAAGAUGGUCCUGAUUGGCUCCAACCACAGUUUGCCCUUUUCUCAAUUUGCGACUAAUGAAGCAAUCCAAAGGACUGAAGCCUAUGAGUAUGCUCAGUCUCUAGGCUCCCAACCUUGUUCGCUGCCAAAUUUCCAAGUGUUUAAAUUGAUCUAUGCAUGCCGCUUGGCUGAGGCAGGCUUGAGCGCUCAGGCCUUCCAUUAUUGCGAAGUUAUCUCGAAGACCGUCCUCGUGCAGCCUUCUUACUACUCCCCCGUUUUCAUCAGUCAGAUCAUACAGAUGUCUGAAAAGCUGCGGUUCUUCGAUCCACAACUGAAGGAGAAACCAGAGCAGGAGUUGUUCAUUGAGCCGGAAUGGCUGAUUCGCCUGAGACAGCUGGAUGGACAGAUGAAAACGGGUCUGAUUACGUACAAUGCAGACAGAACAACUCCGAUACAGUUUGAGUGCAGCAGCCCUAGCUCUGACUUGGACCAUCCGAGCCCACCAAACAGCAUGUCGCUAGAUAACCCAGCCCCUGAUAACCCACUCAUGAGCUCAUUACUGCCUGGGUCUCCACCACAGGGAGUCCAGUUGAUGCCUCCAGCUUCCACUUUCAUUCUCCAAGAUGGAAUGGCUCCUCCUCAGUUCUCGCCUUCCAGUGAUGUGCCCCAGUACUAUCCGGUCCCCACUAGCGGACCACAAGCCCAGAUUCCCUUCCCAAACUACCCCCCACAGGGUCCUGGCUUUGCUUCUCCCACUUUCCAACCUCAGCACAUGCCUCCGCACAUGCCCCCUUCUCCUGGGCACAUGCCACCUGUAGAACAGCCACCGCGGUCCCCAGUAGAGAUGCCGAACAUCCAGUCAAUGCCAUCCUCACCACGUAGGACCUCACUGACUCCUCAGAAGGACUUCUAUGAUCAGAUGGCUAAGAUGGGUCACGGGAGACCUCGGACUACUUCACAAUCGUCAUUGCAUUUGUCAUCAGGACGCCGCUCCCGUACCACCUCGGAGUCUUCUACUCACUCUGGUGGAAGAGAGCGGAGCAACUCAACUGUGGUGCAAGCCUCUCCACCUCCACCCUCAAUCCCCGAGCAGCCCAUUAAAGAAGAGGCCAAGAAAGUCAAGAAGGACUCUCCAAAAAAGAAAGGGGUUGGCUGGCUGGGUUGGAUCAUUGGGAAAGGAAAGAAUGAAGCUCACUUGCCAGAUGACAAAAAUAAGUCUAUUGUGUGGGAUGAAAAGAAGCAGAGAUGGGUCGACUUGAACGAGCCUGAGGAGGAGAGCAAGCCACCUCCGCCACCACCCUCUGUCUUCCCCAAGAUGCCUCAAGUUCCUGGUCCUGGAGGGCCUGCUGCACCGCCGAGUAGUAUUCCUCCUGUCAACAUGUUUUCCAGGAAGGCAGGCACAAAGAGUAGAUACGUGGAUGUUUUGAACCCCAGCAGAGCUGCUAAACCUGGCGGUCCAGCUCCUGCUCCAGCGGACAUCUUUGCUCCUUUGGCACCAAUGCCUAUUCCUACUAACCUGUUUGUGCCUAGCUCAGCUCCCAAUGAUCAACAACCUCUGGAAGGCAGUGAAGGAGGCAAUCAGGAGCAGAACUCUCCAAACACCAGUGCUGGUUCACAGAUGUUCACCCCAAUGUUGUUACCACCUGCCCCAGAAGGUCCUCCAGUGCCUGAUGGCUCCCAUUCUGGAGAGCUGUCACGUUCUAGUUCAAUGAGUUCUUUAUCACGCGAAGUGAGUCAGCAUUUAAACCAGAGCGAUCAAGCCCAGGGGACUGCACCUGCUGGGGGCGUCACCUUUUAUAACCCCUCACAGUUUGCACAGACAAGUGCACCAUCAGGAGUACGCUCAGGUCGUUUGGGCGGUCCACGUCAGUACCCAGUGAUGAAGUAAAGAACAUCCCACUGAAAGAGGCAGACUUGUUGGAUAGCAGAGGAUUCUAGCUGAAAGUAAAAGAAGCACAUGAACAAACUGCUUUAUGUCUUAAGGACCCUUCUUCCUGCCUGUACCUAAGAAGAGUAUAAUCACAUUAUCCGUCAUGUCAGAACUCAACCCUUUUUCUUUUUUCUUUUUUUUUCCUUCCCCCCCCCCCCCUGUUCAGUAACUAUUACUGACUUUGAUGUGUUUCUGACACAGGCGUGUUUCCAUGAAGGGCUUUUUCUCGCAUCCAAAUAGAAAACUGACAGUUAAAAAAUGGAGGCUGAUCUGUGGAUGCAUUCAUACACAAAUUGUACAUUCAUGUAGGUUUGAUUUAAUGUACAGUAAAUGCGUCGGAUCCUCUAAAGCUACCCGGCUUCCGCACAAACGUAACACUGUUAACAGAAUGAUCAUCCCUUUUUUCGAUUCUGUCUCAAGUCCAGAUGCCUGUGAUUGCUUGUAUGUGUGACAGGUAGAAGAGCUGCACUUUCUUUCUUUUUUUUUUUUAAAUCCAGAUUUUGGACUUUUAUGUGCAGCUCUUUGGUGUCCUGUCGAAAUGGUGACUGGUACUGCUUCGUCUGCUAUGCCCUUUGCUUUUUCUCAGUCGCCCUUCAGUAAUGGAAGCAUGAUGGAUGAUGUAGAGAAGAAUGAAAGUCUGCAGUGUUAGGAUGCUGCGCGUUUCAAAUACCUAUUUCAACUGCCCAUCAAUUUUAACGAAGUGUCCACAGGGUCUUUUCGUCCAAGCGAGCUUGAGUUUCUCUCGCAAGAAACUGAAUAAUGAUCUUAUCGAGAGAUGGUCUGCAGAACGACAAGAACCGGGAUUCAAACUGCAUUUUAAAUGUCGCUAAAAAUGAAUCUAUCCAAAUAUUUGUAUAUCAGAUUGAUUGUAUUUAUGAGAUGUAGAAAUAAAAGUGUGAGUGUUUGUGUGUGUGUGUGUAGAGCAACUAAUUUUUCUGAUACGCUUUGACAAAAUGCAUUUAUGAUUGAGAUGACAGAUUCAUAUUCUGAUCACCUGUAUUGGCCGCUUCUGCAAAUAAAUCUUUAUCUACAUUGUAAAAUGAAAGAAUUUUAUUCAAAGUACUUCUUGACAUUUAAUUGCUGUGAUUUUGUUUUUUUUGUUGUUGUUUUUUUUAAUUCAAUCAUUAGUCAUCCCAAUUAUUAUUAUUUUAUUUUUAUUUUUUUUGUAGACAAUUUGAUUUUAACCCCUUUCUCACUUUUGUUUCAGAGAAGCAGUUGUGGUCUCCAGUGUUUUAGACUCCCUCAUGUAAAGUUCUUGACAGAAAACUAUAAAUACAAAAGGUAGAAAUGGGGGGGAAAAAAAUCAUAAUAAAGGUAUUUUUGGCCCUCUGUAGCACUUUGAAA